AUGACGACCACUCCAUCGCCGCCAACCAAGCACCACAACCAUAGCCCACUCCCCUCGCCCUCCUCCAAGUACAACCCCAACCUGCCAGCAAUCAACAAUGAUCCGCAUCCCAACGCGCUGCGUGGCGCCCAGGGAAGAGGCCCAAACCUGCGCCACCGUCUGUUGAUCUAUGUACUCGCUCCCGUCAUGCGACGACACAACAAUGGAGGACCUGAAGCAGAAGGAGCGCUAUGCCUCUUGCUCCCUGCUUCUCUUCAACACCCCAAGCUUGUCCCAGCUGCCUUCGCCGGUGGCCAAGCAUCGAUUGAGAGCUCCAGCGAGCCCUGCAAACUAACCUUUGACUCCGCCCAACAGCAAGAGCAACAACAAAAAAAACAGACCAAGCUGAUCUCAUCAUUCUGCUUUGACUUGGGCUCCAAUUGUUACCUGAACAAAGACCUCAUCAAUGUCCUGUUUGCCGGAUAUUUCUUGCUGAUGGGCUUGGGAGCGCUAGCAACAAUGUUGGUGACAAUCACCAAGACAAAUCUCGGCCCGAUGACCUGGGCGAGACAGACAAAAUACAAGUUCAGAUUGACCCGGAACACGGCAGAUGUCUUGUUCAGUCUCCGGUUCACCAACUGGUACAUUGGCUUCAUCGCCAUCUCUGUCAUCCUCUCCGCGGUCAAAUGGUACACAAAACAAUGGAUGCUUUCCAACUUGUUUGCUCUCAGCUUUGCCUUCAAUGCUAUCACGCUAUUGAAGCUUGAUAGCUUCAAGACUGGUACCAUCUUACUUGCUGGUCUGUUCAUAUAUGAUUUUUGGUGGGUCUUUGGAUCAUCCCAUGAUUUUGGUGAAAGCGUCAUGGUUAGCGUCGCCAAGAGAAAUUCUGCGCUAAGGAAUCGCUCCCACACCUUGGGUGCAUGGUAUUCCCUCAAGCUUGGUGCCGGAAGCGGGCAGUUUUGUGAGUUGCUUAGCUCGCCAAUUGAUUUGCUGCAAUCAGCUGCCGGUUGGAUGUAUGCCGAGCGUAGCGGCAAUCCAACGGUUUCUAACCGCUCAAACAGAACCUUGGCUCCUCCCGGAGUUGCUAACAACCCAGACCCAGAAGUUCCCGCCGGGAGCCAAGUUAACAACGGUGUUGGAGACCUCUUUGAUCGGCUCUUUCAUCCCACAGGUGCCACUGCUUGCAACAGUACUCGCGCAGCUACUGCUCCGGCUCUAGGAGCUCCGAUCCAGUUGCGCAACUCGGCGUCUUCGUCUACCGGUUCUAACGGGAACUCGGUUCUCCGGGCUAGCUCCGUCGUCCAGCGUCUCAUAGACGACAACGGCCGCGAUCUGAGUCCAUUGCUAGCAUAG